CCAAAACAUGUGAAACCAGGAAGCAAGCUGUCUGCUAGAAAAACAGAAAUUGGGAGAAAUUGCUGCGACCCAGAAAUAAACCAGCACAUCGCUUCCCUUUGACCCAGUGUAUGCCGGACACUCCAUUUCCACCAACAGAUGACAGUAGAUGUAGAGUCGGCUAAUUGCUGUGGAUGUUACCAGAGAGUCAUGCCAGUAACCUCAUGAGUAGUUUCUACUGAGAUUGUAUUGUCACUCUGGAUAGACUACUUGCCUAACAAAUGUAUCAGAAGUACAAGCAUCAGCAGGAGUCACAGGAAGAAGGGUCACAUGACCAGAAGGAACCAGUGAUGUCCGACACUACAAGGAAAGUGGAGAGUUGCUGGAAGCUGAUAGAUGCUGAAGACGAGAAGUACCGUGACUGGCAGCCACCUCCUCCUAGACUUCCUGGGUUUAUGGGAUGGAGGACUGUCCGCAUAUUUGUCUCCUCAACAUUCACUGAUUUCUUCAAUGAAAGAGAGAUCCUCGUCAAGAAGGUUUUCCCUGAGUUACGGGAAUGGGGCAGCGAGAGGAAGAUUCACAUCAUCGACUGUGACCUGCGUUGGGGUGUGCCCCAGGAUUCCACUACCGCGGAGACCAUCGCUAUCUGCAUGGAGGAGCUUGACACAUGUCAUGAAGUCAACGAAGGAGAGCCUUUCUUUUUGAAUCUGGUGGGAGAAAGAUAUGGCUGGAUCCCUGGGAGUGGUGACAUCACUGAGGAGGUGAUGCAGAAAUAUGACUGGGUGGAAGGGACCUCCAUCACUUUCAUGGAGGUCCUACAUGGAGCAUACAGAAAAAAGAACCCAAAUGCAGCGUUCUUCCUUCGUGACCCUGCAUUCUUGUCUGAAGUGCCUGAAACUCACAUUAGCAGAUUCAUAGAAGCAGACGACAUUGGGAGAGAGCAUCUUAAGGUGUUUAAGGCGCGGUUGAAGCAGCGGUUUGCGGACCAGAUAUUCAACUACAGUGUACAGGCAGCUGGCACAACUUCAUCCACGGGAAGAGAGAGGGUGCAGUUGACUGGCCUGGAAGAGUUUGCUGACCAAUGUCUUGAGUUUUUUAAGUCGGCCAUCACCAGGAAAUACCCUGAGCAGCUGACUGUAGCAACACUUUCCCUGGAGGAACAAGAACAAGAACUUCAACGCAUCUUCAUCAUUGAAAAGGCGGAGAUUGUGAUCGGACGUGAACAGGAAGUGCAGAGACUCAUGGGAUACAUGACCAAUCCAGGGUCAUGUGACCUGAACAAAAUCGAUGGAGGGGAAGUAGGACAGAGGAAGCCAGACGUAUGGACCCUAACCCCCAAGGAUAACCUGCUGUGUGUGGUGCAGGCCAAGAGUGGAUGGGGGAAGACCUCACUGUUAGCUCAACUGGUCCUCACAGCAAUGGAGAAAGGUCACAAGAUAUUCUAUCACUUCAGUGGCAGUACUAGUCGUAGCCGCAACACCUCGGAAAUGUUGUUCCGAUUAAUGGAGGCGCUCACAGAGGAGGAGGUGUCAGAAGAGGAAAAGGAGAAUUUUUCCACUUCAGUCAAAAAGCAGCAGGAGCUUCUGAACAAAGCACUUGUGAAGUUCCAUGAGAGUGGGAAGAAGCUCACCAUCAUCAUCGAUGCUGUGAAUGAGGUAUCCAUGGAAAUAAUUACUGUUAGCCUAGCCCAAUACAACAGUAACAUUGGGGUGAUCGCAUUGAGCUGCAACUACUUGGCACUAACGACUCUGGCCAGGCUGAAGGAGCAUCCCUGCUACUGGAUGACAGUGGGAGAACUAGGAGAGAGCCAUCAUACUUGGGAAGAUACAACAAGGCAGUACUCGACUGUAUCAUACUUGGGGAGAUACAACAAGCACCUGCACCAGGACCAGCUGACCGCCCUGAUCCAGGACACUAAGGUGGACAGCCCCCUGUGGAUGACCCUCGUCUGUGAGGAGCUGCGUGUGUUUGGGGACUUCAAGAUGGUCACACAAAAGAUCCACAGUUUGCCCGACACACUCAACGGACUGUUUGGCGUCAUCUUCACACGGCUCCUGGCUGAGGACAACACUGGCUGCAUUAAGAAGGCUGUGUGCCUGAUUGGCACCUCUCUGUCGGGGAUCACGACCGAUGACAUCCUCAAACUGUUGGGGGAUGUGGAGAAAAAGGAGGAGGUGCCCCCCUUUCACUGGGUGCAGGCCCGGAGAGUUCUCAAACCUUACCUCCGUGUGGCCGGAUUCCCACGGGAGUACAUCACGUUCUCACAUGAGAAAAUAUGGAAGGCAGUUGAAGAUCACGUGGUCACAUCCUAUGUUGAACGGAAGAAGUGGCAGCAACACCUCGCAGACUUCUACCAGUACUGGAGUGACAACUCUCAACACCGAUCCUUGCUGCUGCCAGACCUACUCCGGAACAUUGGUCUGAAAGACAGGAUGGCCAAGUUUAUGACAACUGAUAAAGACUCUUGGGCUGUGAGCCCCUUCCAGAGGAGCAGCUAUCUCCAGUGGUGUCGGUGCACACGUCUGACUGGUGGAACCUGGUCCGGCAAGCCUGUCAUGAUCUGCACCUUCUGUAAACACAAGCAACAGUGCUUCAACCCCGCCAACAGGUGGCAGGCUCAGGCCUCGUGUGUGAUCUGCGGAACCCACGUCUUCAGCCACAUGACGGCCACCGCUAGUCUGUGUACAUUCCACGGUGUAGGUACUCCUACCAGUGCCAAGUGUGUCGUCUGCAACAGGCACAUGAAUCUCAAUGUUAAAAUGUCUGGGGACAUGCAGGGACGUCUGUGUGGUCAGUGUGGAUUUGGUAACUAUGGGAAGAUGUGUUGCCAUGUUGGUCAGUAGGAAAUAAGGGAGUACUGCACUUUACCGGGCGCACUUUUUCAGAUUAAUUAGAGCUGCUGGGGCUCGAACGCCGCCGGAUUACUGACUUCGUUAAUUAGUGACGUAAUUGGCGGACGCUCUACCUCGGGACCUUGAGCACCAUCACAGUUAAUGAGUGCUCGUUUAACAGGUCAUUUGCACAGAAGUGAGUCGGAAGCGCGAGAAAUGAAAACAAACCACUGCAAAUGCGCAAUGGUUUGUUUACAUUUCUCACGCUUCCGCCCCACUGUGCCACGCCCUUCCCAUUCAAUUUUUUUCUCGCCAUUAUUUCUUGGACUGUACUGACGAGUACCGGAUGGAUCGAAAUGUGUUUCAAUUGGAUAUAAUAGGAUUAUAAGUCAAACCCUAAAUAAGAAUCGUAAAGGUUCCCUAACCCUUACCCUAACCCUAAGGAUCGUAAAGGGUGCCUAACCCUAAACCCUAACCCUUAUGAUCGUAAAGGGUGCCAUACCCUAACCCUAAACCCUAAGGAUUGUAAAGGGUUGUUUGACUCUAAAGUUGCAAGUGAAGGGAGACGGAGCGAUUACCGCGAUAUAGCGAGACAGUGCUUGAGACAGUGCGGUAAC